AUGGCAGCUGAACGGGCAAUGUCAGUGCAUGACAGCCGGCACAACAAGGAGUACGUGAAUUCGUGGCAUCGUAGGCUUGGGCAACGAGACCCGGCAGCUCUGAAGGUUAAGGUGCUUCAACGGAAGCAGCCGGAAAAGGAAGAGUUGUUGCAGAAGCAGGAAGAGAUGUUGCGGAAGCAGGAAAAGCGACUAAAGAGUGGGUAUAACUCGGGAAAGUCGGCGUGCUUCGAGUGCAAGAAGCGAACGAAAAGCUUGUUAGAAUCGAUGGAUAAUUCCUCGAAGGAAGAGAUGAGUCAUGGCUUGUCGAGGAAGAGUUCAUAUAUCGAUCAGUCAAAUGGUCUGAAAGGAAGAUCUUUCGCAGUCAGCGUUAGUCAGGAACAGUCGGAACAGAAGUGCUGCGGGCUUUUGGUGAAAGCAUUGGGCAAUCUGGAAGCCGAGUUGGACAAAGAACGCAAACAGCGGGCGGCGGCAGUGGCCGCAAAGGAGAGGCUCGAGAAUGACUUCAAGGACAUGGAGGCAACACUCGAGGUGAACAAUAAGGUGAUGGUAGACGUCAUACGGGAGCGCGUGGGUCUGCAGGACAAGGUCACGAAGCUGCAGCAGGAAGCGAAAAACAUCACGCAGCCGUUGGACGAUGCCGAACAUAAGACUUCGGUGGCCAUCAAGGGUGCUAGUAAUCUAGAUAGUCAACUGACCGAAUCGCAGCAACUGUUGGAGGAGGAAACGCGCAAGAAGCUAAUCCUCAGUUCGAAGCUGUGUCAGAUCGAGUCCGAGAAGCAGGCGCUCAUGGAGCAGCUGGAUGUGAACGAGAAGGCCAGGAAGAGCUACGAAAAGCUGACUGAGUCGAACGUUACGAUCCAGGAUAUGAGGAAACGCUUUGAGGAAGAGUCAAAACUGACUAAGGGGCUGGAAGAGCUAAAGAGAAAGAUUCAGUCGGAGCUGGAGGAUGAGAACAGCGUCGAUCUGGAUGGGGCGGGCCAUGGGCUCGAGACGGAGCAACAGGCCAGGUUGGUGGCUCAGGGGGCCACGUUCAAGCAGAUCGGACGCGCCCUCUCGGAGGACGGAGCACGGCGAGGACGCGAGCAGCUGCAGCGUGCCCAGGAGACACUGGCACGGUUGGCGGAGUAA